AUGGUCGAAAUGGAACAUCCGACAUUAACAUGGCAAGCAAUGCAAGAAGGCAAUGUCUUCUACAGACGCCAACAGUGCUACUCAACUCCGGAUAAGUUACCAGAGUUAGGCGACUACAUAAUUGCAGGGUGUAGGUAUGGAGGGCCUAUAGCGCUUAUGCGUGACAAUACAAAGCUCACUGCCCUUGGACGCUCAACCCCAGCCGUGUCGAAAUCUCAGAUCCAAAUAUAUUCUCCUGCCGGGGAAAGCUUGCUUACCUUUAGUUGGGACCAGGGCCGAAUUAUACGAUUCGGAUGGACAAUAGAGGAGAAGUUGGCGGUCUUGAAUGAAGAAGGCGUUUAUCGACUUUAUGACUUACAAGGAGACUACGAACAAUUUUCUUUAGGCUCUGAGGCCGCAGAGCUUGGAAUCGUUGAUGCGAGAAUUCAUGACAAUGGCCUUGUCGCGUUGACCAGCACACUUACUUUGCUUGAAGUGAAAGGAUGGGAAGGCGUUCGGCCAUUGACCCUUGCAAAUCCAGGCCUCAGCGAGCCACCACAUUCAUGGGCAGUUAUUCCCCCCGACUUAAAUAUAUCCAGACAUGUCGAAGUUCUCCUAUCGGUCGAUGCCACAAUACAUACGGUCGACAAUCUAGAAAGCGUGGAUCAACGACUUUCACGAGGACCCUUCACCCAUGUCUCACCAUCGCCAAACGGGAAGUCAUUGGCUUUGCUGACUUUCAAUGGAACACUAUGGGUCGUUUCGGCUGAUUUUCAACGAAAUAUGGCUGAAUUCGACACUUCCACUGUAGUAGGAGCUGAAGGACCCGUUCGUCAAGUCGAAUGGUGCGGCAAUGACGCGAUCUUAGUAACGUGGCAUUCUUUAGCUGUUCUUGUUGGACCAUACGGUGAUACUUUGCAUUACCCCUACUACGGAUCCACUUUUGCUAUCACAGAAAUGGAUGGAGUUCGCGUUAUAGGUCAAGAAGUAUGCGAUCUGAUCCAAAAAGUCCCAGCUUCCAGCCUUUCAAUAUUCCGCCCUGGGUCUACCUCAGCCUCCGCGAUUCUUUUUGAUGCUUGGGAAAGUUUCAAUAAAAAAUCCCCGAAGGCGGAUGAAAACAUCCGGAGCAUUAAACCUGAACUUGCGAAAGCAGUAAAUGAAUGCAUUGAUGCUGCUGGACAGGAAUGGGAACCUUAUUGGCAACGUCGACUUUUAAAUGCUGCCAAAUUCGGACGUAGCUUCCUGGACUUCCAUAAUCCGACCGACUUCGUGCAGAUGGGUCAGACGUUGAAAGUCCUCAAUGCGGUGCGAUUCUAUGAAGUUGGUAUUCCCCUCACUUAUACCCAAUACAACUAUGCUUCUCCUUCCCGCCUGAUCACUCGGCUAACGUCGCGCAACAUGCAUCUCCUUGCCCUUCGAAUAUCGGCAUUUUUAGGACUCAAACCUGACGCUGUAUUGAAACAUUGGGCAUGUGCCAAAAUUCUCAAAUCUCGUCCAACUACUACAGGGACAGGAAAGGACGCUGAACUUUCGGGCGACGAUGAUGUUUGUCGCACGAUCGUAGAGAAAUUUGAAGAAUUGGGUGGCUCAGAUGUUAGUUACGCUGACAUUGCAAAGAAAGCAUGGGAAGUCGGUCGUGGAGGCCUGGCCACGAAGCUUUUGGAUCAUGAACCGAAAGGCUCUGAUCAAGUGCCACUCCUACUAGCUAUGAAAGAAGACAGGCUUGCCCUUGUCAAGGCAGUCGAUAGCGGGGAUACUGAUCUCGUAUACCAUGUUCUACUGCAUCUUCACAAGAGACUACCGCUAGGAUCAUUUUUCCGCUUGCUCGAAGACGGCGGAAAAACUCUGGCCCCCGCAACCAAGCUCUUGGAAGUUUAUGCACGCGAGCAAAAUAGAGAGAUGUUACGGGAUUUCUAUUACUCUGACGACCGUCGCGUCGAGAGCGCUGUUCUUUCUCUGGAUGAGGCAUCCCGUAUGCAGGAUCAAUCAUCCAAAAUUGCCGCUGUGAAGACCGCUCAGAAAUUCUUUUCUGAAGACAAGGAUCGUUCUUUCGAAGCAAAGGUUACAGAUGAAUAUUCACGCCUUCUCACAAUACAGCAACAGCUAGAAGGCGAAGCUGAUGGGAAAAUCAAGUUUUUUGGAUCAAGUUUAGAUGAAACCAUCCGGCUUUGUAUAGUAAACGGAUUCUCAAAACGCGCAGACAAGCUAAAAUCGGACUUCAAAGUCCCAGACAAACGAUUUUGGUAUAUCAAGUUAUAUGGUCUUACAGAAUCACGGGACUUUGAAGGGUUAGAAACAUUUGCGAAGUCGAAAAGAAGUCCCAUUGGUUACGAGGCAUUCGUUCGUCAUCUGGUCGAAAAAGGAUAUCAGAAAGAGGCCAUUACUUAUGUUGCAAGAUGUGAUCCGCCGAAGCGGGCCGAUCUCUACAUAGAAUGUGGUGAAUGGAGGAUGGCAGGGAAAGAGUGCAAGGAUCGUAAUGAUAAAGCCAAACUAGAUGACUUAAGGAAACGAGCACCUAAUUCACUGAUACAGCGAGAAUUGGAUCAAAUUGCUACUAACAUGAAGUAG